AUUUAUGUACUCUUCCUCUCUCUGAAAAUAUUAGACAGUUUAUCCGCCAACGUGCUCUUGAAGGGCUUGAUGCUUUUGGCAUUCAACAGCUUUUACGUUUUCGAGCUAUUGAGCUUCAGGAUCAAAUUCGAUUACUAGAAACAGAUCAGCAUAGUGAAUCUUUUCAAAAUAUUCAGCAAUUACGAGAUGGGUUAGUAACAAAAGAAGAUAUUUAUGCAAUUGUGCGUGAUGUAAUGAAAGCAAGUAUUUACCUUGAUGAUGAUGAAAUAAAAUCUUUAGAUAAAUGGAAAGCUAAAAUAAUUAACACGGGUGGAUGUUGCUUAUUUGAACAAGGCAAUAACCCAAAUUCGAAUUUAGUUGAUACAGGAUUUCUUUUUGCUUUUCAGACAAAAAAACAAAAGGAAUCUAUGCAACAUGCUAGAGUAAUAUGCCUAGAUGGUACUCACGGAAUGAAUAAAUAUGACUAUCAUCUUUUUACACUUAUUAUACGGCAUCCUUUGGCAGGGAGUGGAUAUCCAAUUGCGUUUCUAAUUAGUGAAUAUAAAAAAUCAUUAACAUUAAUGAAAUGGUUAGAUUUCUUAAAACAAGAACAUAAUGAAUGGUGUCCGGAUAUUUUUAUGGUUGAUGACGCGGGUGAAGAAAUAAAAGCUAUUGAAGAAAAAUUCUCCGAUAGUACGGUAUUAUUAUGUCAUUUUCAUGUGUUAAGGUCUUGGCGCAGAAAGCUAAAUUACCAUUCUGGUACUAAAGUCGACAAUCAUAAGGCAAUAGUUUGGAAAGAUCUCUGGCAAUUGAUGAAAACGGAAGGGUGGGAUGAUGCAGAAGCAAAAAAACAAGUCAUUGAAGCAAUUGACAGAUGGCGAAGAUUUAAUAUCGAAGCAGUAAACAUCUUUGCUAACUACUUUGAGCGUUGGUGGAAACCAAAAUAUGAUAAGUGGAUGUUAAAAUAUACUUAUAUGAGGGGACGACCAGGACGAAGACUCGACAGUGAAGUAUAUCUUCUUAUAGAAGUUGUACUUCGAGACCUGGAAUUUUCAGCCUUCCUAGAUGAAUUAAAAGUAGGUAGAAUGAAUCCCCAAAGACAUCAACAACGGAUUCGAGAAAUUAUAGGAACCACAAAUAUUAAUCCAAAUGAUAUUUAUAGUGUCGGCUCUGGUAUUUGGAUUGUGCAUUCAAUAACGAACAAUGAUAUAGAAUAUUCUGUUCGAAGAAAAGAUUUA